GGCCGACCCAGUUUUAUUGAUUAUGUAAACACAUCAGCUAGCUUUAUCUUAUCGAUAAGAUACCCCAGAGGCAAGGCGACUAGAUGGUGGGGUAACGAACGGUAACUGACGGCAGCGACGUCCCCAACCUUGCCGCGAACCUCCACCUUCACCUCCGCCAUCGCCAUCUCCUGCAAACAGAUCCUGCUCGCGCAGAACCGAGCAGACAAGAUGGAAACGGCUCUCAAGUCUUGGGAGCUCGACAACAACGUCAAGUUGGUCGACCCCAAGCGCGACGCCCUUUACAACCUCGAUCUCGAUGCCCAGAAAGAAGCCAUGAACGCCCGACCCUGGGCCCUCAACCCGAACCACUUCAAAAACGUCCGCAUCAGCGCCGUCGCCCUCAUCAAGAUGGUCAUGCACGCCCGUUCAGGCGGCAACCUCGAGGUCAUGGGUCUGAUGCAGGGCUACGUCAACGGCGACACCUUCAUCGUCACCGACGCCUUCCGCCUACCAGUCGAGGGCACCGAGACCCGCGUCAACGCCCAGGGCGACGCCGAAGAGUACAUGGUCGAGUACCUGAGCCUGUGUCGCGAGCAGGGCCGCAUGGAGAACGUCGUCGGAUGGUACCACUCUCACCCGGGCUACGGCUGCUGGCUGUCCGGCAUCGAUGUCGGUACCCAGGCCCUGCAGCAGCAGUUCCAAGAACCCUUCCUCGCCGUAGUCAUCGACCCGGAUCGCACCAUCAAUGCCGGCAAGGUCGAGAUCGGCGCCUUCCGGACCUACCCCGAGAACUACGUCAAGGAGAAGGAGGGUGGCGGCGGCGCCGUCACGAGCGACGGCUGGCAGGAGGUGCCCCUGGCCAAGGCGGCCGAGUUUGGCGCCCACGCCAGUAAGUACUACAGCCUCGAGGUGUCGCACUUCAAGAGCACGCUGGAGUCGCAUCUCCUGGAGCUGCUGUGGCACAAGUACUGGGUGCAGACGCUGAGCCAGAGCCCGCUCAUCACGAACCGCGACUACGGAAACAAGCAGAUGCUCGACCUCGCGUCCCGGAUCAAGGAGACAACGACACAGGUAGCACGGCAAGCCAGGGGCGCCUCCGGGCCCAACGCCCAUGUCGUAGGCACCAGGAAGGUCGACGGCUUGAUCGCGAAGCUCGUCAAGGACAGCAACACGGUGGCAACGCAGGAACGGACCGGCCUGGUGUCGAUGGAGGUCAAAAAGAAGAUCUUCAACGACGUGGGCGCGAAUGCGUCAUGAGCAGGGUGAGCGGGGGACGGGAUGUUCAUAUUGUUUGCUUGCCCUCGCCAGAGGGUUUCAAGAGCCCGCCGGGCAUGAUAGAUGGCGUUCAGAGGAUAGGGAGGGCGUUGGCCCUGAAAUGACGACAUGAUUUUGAGCCACACCUAUCGUCCUCGAGCCGGUGUUGCUUCUGACUUUGUAUUCUCCGCUCCGAGGUCGACCGCGUUUUCCUUUGCUUGAUGGUCCAUUUGAUGGGGGCGAUAACGUCUUGAGACGAAGCCUCACUAUGGCUCUCGCGCGCAAUCUAUCCCCAAAAGAUAUGAGAACCUUUUGAUGGAGGAGUGCGGCACUGGCUGACGGGAUGGCCUUCAGAUGACCCGAUUCGAAAUGGCCAUUCUUAAACGACCUCAUCAGGACCGAGGCCGUUUUGCCUUCCUAUCAUUGACAGUAGCCUGGCCCCUUUCAUCGCUGUUCGCCAUGUUGUUCUCUUGGCCUGUGGAUCGUGAUGAAAGCAGAAGGUGGACUGGCUUAAGCGUGACACGUUCGUUCGCCGUGCUCACUGAACCAGUCAAGCCCGAAAAUCCAACCUGGAACACUCGUCAAAUCCCUUUUCAUUCGUCUGUCUGUGUUGCGCACCGAGGCUCGAUUUCGAAUGCCUCUCCGUGUAUGUAGGUU